AAUAUGAAUAAGGCAAUGAGGGACCUGGGAGUCUCCAGCCUGGGAUGUUUCUCGCACAUGAUUCAACUCGUGGUGCACGAUGGACUGCUGUCCCAGCGAAGUGUGAGCGAUGCGCUGGCCAGUGGGAGAAAAAUAAUUGGGCACUUCAAACAUUCCCCAUUGGCCACAUCAAGACUUGAAACUGUCCAGACGGGACUGGGAAUGCCAGUCAAACGUCUGAUCCAAGAUGUUCCCACCUGCUGGAACAGCACCUUUUAUAUGACUGCGAGCCUCCUGGAGCAAAAGAGUGCCAUCUCACUCUAUGCUGCAGACCACCAGCUCCCAGCAACACUGACAGCAAGUGACUGGACCUUGCUGGAGAAAAUCAACACUCUUCUGGCUCCAUUUGAAGAGAUCACAAAACAGAUCAGCUUCGCCACCUCCACCACCUCAGAGGUCAUCCCCUCAGUCAUCGUCCUGAAGCGUCUGUUGGCCAAACAGACCACGGAGGACAGCGAAAAAAAAAAAAAUGAAGGCGACACUUCUAGCAGCUAUGGGCACAAGAUUCCAGACCGUUGAGGCGGAGCCCUUGUACUCUGUUUCAACCAUAUUGGACCCACGUUACAAAGACAGAUACUUCACAAGGGCAGAGAGCAGCAAGCU